CGUUUCAACAACAACUUUAUGGCUCCCGGAAGUGCCUCCUCCCCGUCCCCUUCCUUCCCAGCCUUACGCCCGUGGGCUGCAGUUGGAGCGAUGGCGGCGGCAGCUGCCGCCGGUCCUAGCCCGGGGUCUGGACCUGGGGACUCCCCAGAAGGGCCCGAGGGGGAGGCUCCGGAGCGUCGGCGGAAGGCGCACGGGAUGCUGAAGCUUUACUACGGCCUCUCGGAAGGGGAGGCAGCGGGACGCCCUGCGGGGCCCGACCCCCUGGACCCGACUGACCUGAACGGGGCGCACUUCGACCCGGAAGUUUACCUAGACAAGCUGCGUAGAGAGUGCCCUCUGGCCCAGCUGAUGGACAGUGAGACGGACAUGGUGCGGCAGAUCCGGGCUCUAGACAGCGACAUGCAGACCCUGGUCUAUGAGAACUACAACAAGUUCAUCUCAGCCACAGACACCAUCCGGAAGAUGAAGAACGAUUUCCGGAAGAUGGAGGAUGAGAUGGACCGGCUGGCCACCAACAUGGCAGUGAUCACGGACUUCAGCGCGCGCAUCAGCGCCACGUUGCAGGACCGCCACGAGCGCAUCACCAAGCUGGCAGGUGGGCACCGCCAGGUGGGGCCUGCAGUGGGCCUUUCCUGGGGCUCUGGGGCUAAUGUCACCCUCCGUCCCCCAGGGGUCCACGCGCUGUUGAGGAAGCUGCAGUUCCUCUUUGAGCUGCCUUCGCGCCUCACCAAGUGCGUGGAAUUGGGCGCCUACGGGCAAGCGGUGCGCUACCAGGGCCGCGCGCAGGCCGUGCUGCAGCAGUACCAACACCUGCCCUCGUUCCGCGCCAUCCAGGACGACUGCCAGGUCAUCACGGCCCGUCUGGCCCAGCAGCUGCGGCAGCGCUUCAGGGAGGGCGGCUCAGGCGCCCCGGAGCAGGCGGAGUGCGUGGAGCUGCUGCUGGCCCUGGGCGAGCCUGCGGAGGAGCUGUGCGAGGAGUUCCUGGCACACGCCCGCGGCCGGCUGGAGGAGGAGCUGAGAAGCCUGGAGGCCGAGCUGGGGCCCUCGCCUCCGGCUCCCGACGUGUUAGAGUUCACCGACCAUGGAGGCAGUGGCUUCGUGGGCGGCCUCUGCCAGGUGGCGGCGGCCUACCAGGAGCUGUUUGCGGCCCAGGGCCCAGCAGGUGCCGAGAGGCUGGCGGCCUUUGCCCGGGAGCUGGGCAGCCGCUAUUUUGCGCUGGUGGAGCGGCGGCUGGCGCAGGAGCAGGGUGGUGGUGACAACUCGCUGCUGGUGCGGGCGCUGGACCGCUUCCACCGGCGCUUGCGGGCUCCCGGGGCCCUGCUGGCCGCUGCUGGGCUCGCAGAGGCUGCCACGGAGAUCGUGGAACGAGUGGCCCGCGAGCGCCUGGGCCACCACCUGCAGGGUCUCCGGGCGGCCUUCCUGGGCUGCCUGACCGACGUCCGCCAGGCACUGGCAGCGCCUCGAGUGGCUGGGAAGGAGGGCCCUGGCCUGGCCGAGUUGCUGGCCAAUGUGGCCAGCUCCAUCCUGAGCCACAUUAAGGCCUCUCUGGCAGCAGUGCACCUUUUCACCGCCAAAGAGGUGUCCUUCUCCAACAAGCCCUACUUCCGGGGUGAGUUCUGCAGUCAGGGUGUCCGUGAGGGCCUCAUUGUGGGCUUCAUCCGCUCUAUGUGCCAGACGGCUCAGAGCUUCUGUGACAGCCCUGGGGAGAAAGGGGGUGCCACACCACCUGCCCUGCUCCUGCUGCUCUCCCGCCUCUGCCUGGACUACGAGACGGCUACCAUCUCCUACAUCCUCACUCUCACUGAUGAACAGUUUCUGGUGCAGGAUCAGUUCCCAGUGACGCCCGUGAGCACACUGUGUGCAGAGGCCAGGGAAACGGCACGGCGGCUGCUGACCCACUACGUGAAGGUGCAGGGCCUGGUCAUAUCACAGAUGCUGCGCAAGAGCGUGGAGACUCGGGACUGGCUCAGCACUCUGGAGCCCCGUAAUGUGCGGGCCGUCAUGAAGCGGGUGGUAGAGGAUACCACUGCCAUCGACGUGCAGGUGGGGCUUCUGUACGAAGAGGGUGUUCGCAAGGCCCAGAGCAGCGACUCCAGCAAGAGGACCUUCUCCGUGUACAGCAGCUCUCGGCAGCAGGGCCGCUACGCCCCCAGCUAUACCCCCAGUGCCCCGAUGGACACCAACCUCUUGAGCAAUAUCCAGAAGCUAUUCUCUGAACGUAUUGAUGUGUUCAGCCCUGUGGAGUUCAACAAGGUGUCGGUGCUUACUGGCAUCAUCAAGAUCAGCCUGAAGACGCUGCUGGAGUGUGUGCGGCUGCGCACCUUUGGGCGCUUCGGGCUGCAGCAGGUGCAAGUGGACUGCCACUUUCUGCAGCUCUACCUGUGGCGUUUUGUGGCCGACGAAGAACUGGUGCACUUGCUGCUAGACGAAGUGGUGGCCUCGGCUGCCCUGCGCUGCCCAGACCCUGUGCCCAUGGAGCCCAGUGUGGUCGAGGUCAUCUGCGAGCGCGGCUAGGCGCAGCCGCUGCCAUGCACAGGCCUGUCCCGGUGCCCCAUGGCACCCAGGCUCUGGUCUCCGGCCCAGUGGUCCCCGCAGGCAGGAGUCAGGACCUACCUAAUAAACGUGUGGCCUCCUCCU